AUGUCACGGUCUUGUAUCAUAUAGAUAUACAUAGAUAUGUAGUAUCAAAUUAAAGUAAUAAAUUAAAAUAGCCCCAACAACAGAAAAAAUUAAAAACAAAACAAUGUUUUGGUCAAUAUUUAUCUUUGCCACCGCCAUAAAACUACUCCUUAUGAAAUCCUACCGAUCAACUGAUUUUGAAGUGCAUCGGAACUGGAUGGCCAUCACUCAUUCGCUGCCCCCUUCCAAAUGGUAUUUUGAGGACACCAGUGAAUGGACACUGGACUACCCUCCUUUCUUUGCAUUUUUCGAAUGGUUCCUUUCGCAUUUGGCAAAAUUCUUCGAUCCAAAAAUGCUUGCGGUCAAGAAUCUUAACUAUGACUCGGAUGCGACAGUUUUAUUUCAGCGGUUAUCAGUGAUAACAACUGAUGUAACGUUUGCACUUGGAUUAAAGAAAUGUCUCUCGUCUCUGAAAGUUAAGACUUCUACGGGGAUACUUGCAGCGAGUUUUAUCUUUCUCUGCAACGUUGGACUUAUUUUCGUCGAUCACAUACAUUUCCAGUAUAAUGGCUUCCUCUUUGGGAUCCUUUUGCUGAGCAUUGGUUAUCUGCUGGAGGAGAAAUAUGUUACUUCAUGUGUACUUUUUGGUUCCUUAUUGAACUUCAAACACAUUUUUAUCUACAUGGCUCCGGCGUUUGGUGCGUUUUACUUGAAGUUCCAUUGCUACCAAGGAAAGCAAACAAUUUUGAAAUUCCUCACACUUCUGGCAUCGGGAUUGGGUUGUUUUGUUGUGUCGUUUGCUUUGUUCUAUCAACACUUACCACAGGUAUUUUCCAGAUUGUUCCCAUUCAAACGCGGUCUAACGCACGCCUACUGGGCUCCCAACUUUUGGGCUUUGUACAAUUUUGCCGAUAAGGUGGCGGAAGUUGUGCUGAAAAUACCAAAGCAAGGUGGGUCGAAUACAGGUGGUCUGGUGAAGGAGUACGUUCAUGUGUUUUUGCCAAAGAUCAGUCCAAUGGUAACAUUUGUACUGACUGCAGCCGUAAUGGUUCCUUGUGUGAUAAGACUGUUGUUUUUCACAGAAAAACGUGACAGUGGAAGGGCUUUUCUUCAAGCAGUCGCUAUAUGUUCCUGUACUUCGUUUAUGUUUGGUUGGCAUGUACACGAAAAGGCUAUUUUAAUGGUUACUAUUCCUCUAAGUUUACUUGGUAUGCUAAACCAACAGGAUGCAGAAUACUCAUUUUUGUUGAGUUUCAUCGGCCACUUCUCACUAUUCCCUCUUCUAUUCCCGCCAGAACUUAUCGCUGUUAAGUAUUUCCUAUUUUUAGCUUAUACCUCAGGCCAUUAUGUGUUGCUGAAAUCAUUGCAUCCAAAACUUAGCCUGCCAUGGUAUCAGAUACUUUACCUAUGUGGUUUUAUAAUGCUGCCAACUUACGAGUAUGUUGUAAGUCCUGUUUUACACUUGAAUACAAAACUACCAUUCCUUCCGUUACUUUUAACAAGUAUUUACUGCAGUAUCGGGAUUCUUUAUAUAUUCUUAAGCUAUUACAUUAUGUAUAUGAGUGAUAUUGGCACGUGGUCGUCAUCAUCGUCGUCGAUUGCCAAGUCUAAGAAGAAACUUAAGUCUAAAUAAACAAAAUCGUUGUAUUUGAA